GGUUUCCUCCAUUGACACUAUCCCACUACCUUCAAGAUCCCACCUUCUUUGUUAAAUCUAAUCUCUCUCUCUCUCUGGACCAAUUAGGAGCAGAAACAACUUAACAAAAAAGAAAGAAACGUUCUGGUUCAAAGAUUAAUUGCAACUCUUUUGAUUUCUACCGUUCUUAUUACCACCAAACUCGUUUCUGUUAUAUUAAUUCCUUUUCUUUUGUGAGCAUUAAAAGAAGAAGAAGGAAAAAAUAUCAUUCCUUUGCUUCUUUUUCACUGUUACUUUCUUUCUUCUCUCUCUGUAUCCCUCUUCUUGCGUUUGAAGCCAUUUCUGUCCUUCUGCCACUUCGAUUGUCUCUCUCUCUCUCUCUCAGCUUUAAAACUUGGAGCUUAAGAUUAACAGUUCAGCUACCUCGUAAUCAUCGGAGGAAGCUGAUCUCUUCUAUGGAAUGGAGAUUUUGAUGUUCCUCCUAAGGAUCUGUCUAGUUUCGUCGGUUUUAGUUGCUGCGUCUUCCUCUGGAUUGGAUCUGUUACCUCCGUUAUCAUUACCACCAUCUCCGUUACCGGAAACUUCAAAAGGGUUUGGUCAAGUCCCCAUCAGUCCACCUGAAUCUCACAAUGCACCACCACCUAAAGUCUCCCAGCCGUCUCUUCCUCCUAAUACCGACGUGGCAGCACCUCCUCCGUCCAUUCCUCCUAUAGCUGACGUGGCAGAACCUCCACCGGCAGAUUCCGCGGGAGGUAGAGCACCGGCUGGUGAGCCUAUUGUCUCGGUUCCUAAUGCUCCAGCUCCAGCGACAAUACCCGUGAAGGAUUUGCCGGGAAAAUCUCCUCCGGUUCAACCUGUUAUCACACCGGUUGCUUCACCACCAAGAGAUGCAUCAAAGGAGCCUCCUUUGGCAGGAAGGGUAUCUCCAGGCCCUGUUUCGGAUAUUCCACCAUUACCAUCAGUUGCUCUGCCUCCUCCCAUACCGAGCGUUGUACCUCCUAGAAAUGCUUCUAACAGUCCCAAGCCUCUUAUCGAGAAGCCUAUUGCUCCUGUUGCAUCUCCACCAACUACACCGGUUGACAUUUCACCACCAGUCCAUCCUGUCAUACCAACGUUACCCUCUACUUCACCUGUACCCACCUCGAGUCCAACAGAGAGAUCUCCGAGAAGAAACUCGCCAGUUACCCACCCGGUUUUUCCAAUUGAAUCUCCUGCUGGCUCACCAGAAAUAUCAACAUUUCCUCUUCUUCUCAUAGAUCAUCCACCGCCCAGUGAUCAUGGAGAUGGCAUCAAUAGCCCGGUGGCUGCACCUUCAAAUGAAACUGCUAAACCCUUGCCUGUUUUCCCACACAAAGCUUCUCCUCCUCCUUCAAUAGCUCCCUCAGCCCCAGAUUUCAACGGACACCCUCAUCAUGUAUCUCCAUCUACUACUCCACCGCCUGAUUCAACUCCCAGUAAUGUACACCGCGCAUCAUCUCCUCCUCCACCUUCAUACCAUCGACAUCAUCAAGAGCCAAAGAAGAUCACAAAUAGUCCAGCUCCUUCACCACCACCACAGCCAACGCAUAUCAUAACUCCAAGGAAACCAAAGCGUAAAGGUUCAGUGUCUCCUCUUCCAUCACCACACCAUCUUCGUUCUCCUCCAAUUCCUUCUUCUUAUAUUUCUCCUGCUCACCCUCCAAUCUCUACCUCAAUGGAUCAUAUCUCCAUAGCUCCAGCACCUUCUCCUACCCAAGUUCUUCCUCUCAGGUCAACUUCAAAACCUUCAAAGUCUCGUAAGUUCCCACUCGGUCCACCUCUUCAAGCAUUUCCUCCUCCUCCCCCUAACUCAGAUUGUACAUCAACCGUUUGCUUAGAACCAUACACGAACACACCUCCUGGUUCUCCAUGUGGUUGUGUCUGGCCUAUUCAAGUUGAGCUUCAGCUUCACAUGGCGCUUUACGACUUCUUCCCCAUGGUUUCAGAAUUUGCCCGGGAAGUAAGCGCUGGAGUCUUCAUGAAACAGAGCCAAGUCCGUAUCAUGGGAGCCAACGCAGCUAGUGAACAACCAGAGAAAACCAUUGUUCUUAUCGACUUAGUCCCACUCGGAGAUAAGUUCGAUAACAUGACAGCAAUGCUUAUUUACCAGAGAUUCUGGAGUAAAAAAGUAACAAUCUUCGGCGAGUACGACGUGGUUUACGUUCGUUAUCCCGGUUUACCUGCUUCUCCGCCGGUUUCCGGUAUGACCGUUAUAGAUCAAGGACCUUACCCCGGUGAUAGUAACAACGGUAGAGCGAUGAAACCGCUCGGAGUUGAUGUUCCAAAGAAGAUGCGCAAGAGAGAGCUCAACGGUGAAACUAUUGCUGUGAUUGUUUUGUCUGCAGCUGCUUUUAUUGGUUUAUGUUUUGUCAUUGUUUGGUUCUUGGUUUUCCGGAGAAGAAGAGAUCAGAGACUUUCUAAAAGAGCAUCACUUGCUCGGCCUUCGUUGCCUUCCCUCGCGAAACCAUCAGGUUCUGCAAGGUCUUUAACCGGAAGCCGGCUUAGCUCAACUUCACUAUCGUUUGCGUCAAGCAUUGCUCCGUUUACUCUCUCUGCCAAGACGUUUACCGCAAGCGAAAUAGUGAAAGCAACAAAUAACUUUGCGGAGUCGAGAGUUCUUGGUGAAGGCGGGUUUGGACGGGUCUAUGAAGGUCUUUUCGAUGAUGGAACUAAAGUAGCAGUUAAAGUGUUGAAGAGAGAUGACCAGCAAGGUAGCCGAGAGUUCUUGGCCGAAGUUGAAAUGCUUAGCCGUCUUCAUCACAGAAACUUGGUGAAUCUGAUUGGUAUCUGUAUUGAAGAUCGUAACCGUUCCUUGGUUUAUGAACUUAUACCUAAUGGCAGCGUUGAAUCUCACCUCCACGGGAUUGAUAAAGAAGCUUCGCCUUUAGAUUGGGAUGCACGGUUGAAGAUAGCUCUUGGUGCAGCUCGUGGACUAGCGUAUUUACAUGAAGACUCGAGUCCUCGAGUUAUACACAGAGACUUCAAGUCCAGUAACAUCUUGCUUGAACAUGAUUUCACUCCUAAAGUCUCAGACUUUGGACUGGCUCGAAAUGCCCUUGAUGAUGAAGAUAAUAGACAUAUCUCUACACGUGUAAUGGGAACUUUCGGGUAUGUGGCGCCAGAAUACGCAAUGACAGGUCAUCUUUUAGUGAAAAGUGAUGUGUAUAGCUACGGAGUAGUGCUUCUCGAGCUACUCACGGGGCGUAAACCAGUGGAUAUGACUCAGCCACCAGGUCAAGAGAACCUAGUUUCAUGGACUAGGUCGCUCCUCACGAGCAGAGAAGGUCUUGAAGCUAUUAUAGACCAGUCUUUAGGACAACCCGAGAUUCCAUUCGAUAGCAUAGCUAAAGUCGCUGCAAUAGCUUCAAUGUGCGUUCAGCCUGAAGUAUCGCACCGUCCUUUCAUGGGAGAAGUAGUGCAAGCUUUGAAACUUGUGUGCAACGAAUGCGAUGAAGCUAAGGAACUCAACUCUGUAACUUCACUUACUCAAGAUGAGAAUCGAGCUGAGAGCUCUUGUGGUGGAGAAGGCUCGGGGAGGAUGGCUAGGUAUCCGUUGCUACCGAGUUACGACUCUGAGCCUGACACGGAGAGAGGGCUUUCUGUGUCGGAGAUGUUCACUGGUUCAGGGAGGUUAGAGAGACAGUCUAACUCGGGUCCCUUGGCCUCAGGUCGAGGCAAGAGGUUCUGGCAGAGGAUGAGGAGAUUGUCUACAGGAAGCUUGAGCGAGCACGGGUCAGCAUCGCUCAUGUUAAGAUCUGGUUCGCGUUGA